UUUUUCGCCAGCACCUGUACCGGCUUAACUGUAUAAAUACACCUUCCGUUCGGCACGGAAUCGGUUAAUCGCGGAAAGGUCUUCGAUCGAACAGGAUGGGUACACGGCAAACGUUUCUUUGUCUGGUGACGAUGGUGAUACUGAUGACGGCGGUGGUGCUACCGUUUGCGGAAGCACAAGGUCAACAGCCGGCACGUAUCGUAUGCUAUUUCAGCAAUUGGGCCAUUUAUCGACCGGACGUCGGUCGGUACACUAUCGAUGACAUUCCCGGAGAGAUGUGCACCCACAUCAUAUAUUCGUUCAUCGGCGUAGACGACAGCAAUUACAAGGUGCUGGUCAUCGAUCCAGAAGUGGACCUGGAACAGAAUGGGUUCAGAAACUUUACCAAUUUGAAGAGCAAGUAUUCCAAUGCCAAGUUCAUGAUUGCCGUUGGGGGUUGGGCCGAAGGCGGCAAGAAGUAUUCACAAAUGGUAGCGGUGAAGGAACGGCGGGAUUCAUUCAUUGAUAGUGUGGUACAGUUCAUGAAGGCCUACGACUUUGACGGGUUCGAUCUGGAUUGGGAGUAUCCAGGCGCAGCCGAUCGAGGAGGAAGCUUUAGCGACAAGGACAAAUUCUUCUACUUUGUGGAGGAGCUGCGAAGAGCAUUCGAUCGAGAAGGUCGAGGUUGGGAGAUCACGAUGGCCGUUCCGGUGGCUAACUUCCGGUUGCAGGAGGGCUAUCACGUUCCGGAGCUAUGCGAGAAUCUAGAUGCGAUCCAUUGUAUGACGUACGAUCUGCGAGGCAACUGGGCUGGAUUUGCCGAUGUGCAUAGCCCGCUGUACAAGCGUCCUCAUGAUCAGUGGGCAUAUGAAAAGCUGAAUGUCAACGAUGGAGUUCAACUCUGGGUCAACUACGGAUGUCCACCAAACAAGUUGGUAAUCGGUGUUCCGUUCUAUGGAAGAACGUUCACCUUGAGUGCCAGUACAAAGAAUCCCACUCUAGGAUCAUACAUCAACAAGGAAGCCGGAGGUGGAGCUCCAGGACCGUACACCAAUGCUAGUGGUUUUCUGGCUUAUUAUGAGAUUUGCACAGAAGUUCAGGAUGAGGAAAAGGGAUGGACCAAAAAGUGGGACGACGUAGGUCUCUGCCCAUACACCUACAAGGACACCCAGUUCGUUGGAUAUGAAGACGUGGAAUCCUUGCAGCACAAAAUGCAAUGGAUCAAACAGAAGGGUUAUGCUGGAGCUAUGACUUGGGCCAUUGAUAUGGAUGAUUUCCGAGGACUAUGUGGCCCGGAGAAUGCAUUGACGAAGGUGUUGUAUGAUCACAUGAAGGAUUAUACCGUUCCGGAACCAACUGUUACCACAACGCCAAGGCCGGAAUGGAAUCGACCACCGUCGACGCAAACUUCGAUCCAAGAAGUUCCCCUGGCAGGGGGACCUACUAGCACCACAACCCGUCGGCCUAAACCGACUACAACGGCAGCCAAGCGAACCACGCGCAAGUCGACUACAACUACAACCACAACACCUGCUCCGGACAGUUCCGAAGAGGAGGAAGAUCGGCAGCCCGAACCAGCCCCAGUGCCAAUUCCAGCUCCCGCCCCAGCACCGGGCGGUGACUUCGAAGAUGCUGCCGAUAUCGACUGCUCCGAUGGACAGGACUACGUUGCAUCGGCGGACUGCAGCAAGUACUAUCGCUGUGUGCACGGGCAACCGAUUGAGUUUAGCUGCAAACCGGGAACCGCAUUCCACACGGUGUCGAACGUUUGUGAUUGGACUGAAAAUGCUGACCGAGCCGAGUGUCGUAGCGAAGUGAAAACGGUUAAGGAUUUCAUGUUGGAUGCGGGAGCAGAUGGACAGCAGGGCGAGUCGUAGAAAAUGAAGAUGGUUUUGUUAAGAUAGAUUUAGAUAGACAGACUGAGCUGCUCAGUGAACGAGAUUACUGCCAAUCGGAUGACCGAUGAAUAAACUUUAAAUUCUAACAAA